AUGGGUUUCACUGCGGACACGGCGGAGGUGCCCGUACGCAAGCCGUCGGCGCCAUUGCAUCGACGGCGUGAGGCAGGAGUAUAUCCUGGAGAAUAUUUUUCAGCAACGUCAGUGAGGGAGUUAGCGGACAAGACGUCCCCCGGAGUGGGAGGAGAGUGGAGCGCGUCGUCCCCGUGUUCCUCCCUGACGUGCUCGCCACCGCCCCGCCCCGAGGAUCUCGACGACUGCUGCACGGGACCAGCACCCCCGCCCGCCGCCCACCCCACGCCCUCGCCCACGCCCACGCCGGGGGCCCAACCCACUCCAACCCCGCACUCCUACGGCAGCCAUGUGGGCCAGCUGACGUGCAUGGCGCCCAAUGAUGGCUCGGGCGUGCGGGUGGGGCGGAAAGGCGGUCACGACGGGGACCAGUUAAUGGGCAGGAUCGGCCCGGGCGGCCAGGUGGGCCAAGCGGGCCACACGCCACACAAGGACCGGCCUCCGGAUACGCCCUCCGCGCUGCCUCUGCGGGUCACGCGCCGCAACACCCCCGAGGACGUGGCGGCCCACCGUCGCCGCCGCCUGCAGGUAGGGCACAUCCGGAAGCGGACUGGCGAGGACGCGACGAUGGGUGGUGAGAGGCGCGCCAAGCUGCCGCGGGCGUCCCCCCCGCCCUUGCCCGUGAACGGCGUGCGGCGCGUGAACGGAUGCAUGAACGGGAGCGUGGAAGGCGAGGCUGCCCUACUCGACCGGCUGGGCGGGCUGGCGGGCGCGGGGGACAAGCGCGGGCGGCACCACACCCGCACCUCGCACGCCCACAACAACCAUAAACACAACGGGAUCGCAGGUGACGCGUUGCACAAUGACGUCGACCACUUGUUAGGUAAGAACGGUGUCAAGUGUUUUAACGGGACACUCAAUGAACGAAUCAACGGUACGCUAAAGCCCGAGCGCAUGAACGGCUCUGCGAAGCCCGAGCGCGUGAACGGGACGGCGAAGUCUGAACGUUUGAAUGGCACCAUACGAAGUGAACGUAUAAAUGGCACCGUGAGAAGUGAACGCGUGAAUGGCACGGUCAGAAGUGAGCGCCUGAACGGCGCUGUUCGCCCGGAACGUGUCAAUGGUGUGCGGCGAGUGAGCGGCGAGCAUCACAGGCGUAAGGCAGACCUCCAGACCAACAACAACACUGAACCGCCCAUGGUCCUGCCCACCACGCCCACUCUCCUCAAUGACGCCCGGACCCCCCACCCCCGCCCCCACCCCCCCAACGCCGCCAAGCGUGUAUCUCAGGGAACCCCACACCCCACUCAGGGCUUAACUUUGAGCUGUGAUGCCGGUCUAACGCCGCCCACCACUGCUACCCACACCCCCUCGGCGGCCGCCCACCAGCCGCCCCUCUCGCCCACCUCGGCUCGCUGCUCGGCUAAGUCCUCCCCUCCGCCCGCCUACACCAACGGCACCGCCCACACCACCUGCAAGAGUAGGAGCAGCUCGGCCAGUUCUGGCGCUGGGUCCUCUGUUCCUAGCCCCGCCCCCAGCCCCGCCCCGAGUCCAGCCCCGAGCUCCGCCCCCAGUUCCGGAACCUCCACGCCCACGCCCACGCCCACCGUGAGGUUCCCGCCCCCGGAGAAGAAGGAAGCUGCCGACGUGUGCCGCUGGCGAGACUGCAACCAGGUCCUGGACCCGACCACCUCCCUGCUCGAACACAUACAGGCUGUACACGUGGAAGGCCAACUGGAAGCAGAGAGUUUCCGGUGCUUGUGGGUUGGCUGCAAAGUAUACGAUAAGGCAUCGUGUUCCGUGUCCUGGUUGGAAAGGCACGUCCUAACCCACGGGGGACACAAACCUUUUAAAUGUAUAGUUGAUGGCUGUGGUCAAAGGUUUGCCUCGGAGGUAAGAAUACGAGAUGAAUUCAUAUGCAAUUGUUUCCCUGUAUUUUUUUCCCCCUCUCAGGGUAUUUGCUUGAUCUAAGAGCAGUUAUUUGUGCGUUGCUUUUCAUACGGGGUAAUUUGUCUGCCCAACUGGUCAAAUAAGAAUUGUCAAGGUGAUUGGGCAGACUUUGUAAAAAUAUAGGCUUUAAAUUAUUUCAUUUGAUGAAUUGGAUAAAAUUUACCCAAGGCAUGAAUUCAUCAUCUGAAUGCUUGGUGAUACGUGGUGAUGCUAUGCAGACCGAAUAAUGGAUGCUAG